AUGAAACCGCAGCUCGCGGUCGGUUGUUGGUGGGGCUCAGAGCCUGUUCCUUCGAACUCAGGCAGGCGCGGCAGUCGCCUCUGCGGGGGCCUGGCCCUGUGCUGGAGAGAGUGCGAGGCAGGCGCGGCGUUGCAUUUGGAAAUGCAGUGGCAGUGGAUGGAGAAAGUGUUUCUUUGGAAAAGUAUUCUCACCUUUAGAGUAUCCUUGCUUGUUUGCACAGCAGAAAAUUUGUCUGCACAGGCCACUUGUCCUGAUAUCACCGUGACUCAACAGCUUCUGAAAGAGGGAUUUCAUAGAGACCUGCUAACAAAGGUAGAACUUGGUGCAGGGGAUGAAGCCAUAGGAAGCUGCACUGUGGCAAUUAAAGAACACCUACCAACAGGACUUUAUGUGGAUCCCUAUGAGUUAGCAUCAUUGCAACAGCACAACCUAACAGAGGCUCUGAUGUUUCCAGAUACUGUUGAUGUGGAAUCUCCUGAGUACUUAGCCACAGACCUUGCCAUUGUUGUUUACAUGAAACCUGACCCUCAGUGUGCUCGGUGUUUUAAAGCCAUGUUGCCUGUGCACUGCCGGUAUCACCGGCCAACAGAGGAUGAUGGGGAAGCACUUUCUCUUCUGAAGAGUCCAGAAAUAUUGAUUCAUUGCCAUAAAAGUUUCCCAUCAGUUGAAUGUUGGAAGUAUUCUGAAGUGGAAGCUCCAUGUUCAGUGAGAAACCGGCAUAUCUGUCAUUGGAACAAUGUGAAGUACAAACCUGUAAAUAAGGAAGUGAUACUGCAGGUUCCAGUGGGACUCAAACAACACAGUGCCUUGGUAUGUGCAGUGACUUUUCUUACCACCGUCCUGUGCUCCAGUCUGGUUCUUGCAGCUGUAUACAAAUAUGGACACUUCUCCUUGGUGCACUGCUCAGAAUGAAACUGAGCAAGACUUUAUAGCUGGAGUCAGUACAAAACAAUAAUGAGUACCAUGCAUUAAAUUUAACUGAAUGCAAACUUAGUCUGUUCCAUUUAGGGUUCCAUAAAUGGAAUGCAGUUUAUUAUCUAUAACCUGUAUUAUGGUAAUGCCUAGAGGACCCAUCUGAGAUCAUGACCCUCGUGUGCCAGGCACUGUACAUACGCCUAGUAAGAGACCAUCCCUGCACUAAAUAACUUGCAUUCUAUUUAGACAAAGCAGGCAAAGGAUGGGAGGGAGAACAAAGACAGAGAGAGAUGAGGCAACUUUCCCAAGGUUAUGCACCAAUUCAUUGGCAGAGCUGGGAACAGAACUCAGGUCUCCUGUCUCCUAAUCUAGUGUGCCCUACGUUCUGGACCACACUGCCUCUCGUUACGCAUUCUUCUUCCAAGAUUUUAAACAAACUGACUUGGUAGAUUGAUUAUUAUCAGAUAAAGAAGUUCCCUGGUCGUUUGAAUUUUAAACUGGUACAUAAUUAAGCUCUGUUGUAUCUGAAUUUGUUUUGUGAGGCUGUACAUUUAACCUGGAACAGGAAAGGAUUUCCAAGCAUUGGAAAGACACAAUGGUCCCUAUUUUAUUAACGUUGACUUUCAGGAGGCAGCCAGAUUUAUAUGAUUUUAAAGAGGCCUUACAAAUUUGGAAGAAACUUCCAGGUGUUUAAUGAGUAAAUCAGAAGCUGGACUAAUAAUUCUGAUUUUUCAGAGGAUAAUAGAGCCUGUGAAAUAAUAGAGCCUCAUCCAAAUAGGAAUUAUUUUGAGAAAGUUCUGUGCAUGUGUUAUGCAGGAGGUCAGACUAGAUGACCACAGAGGUCCCUUCUGGCCUUGGAAUCUAUGAAUCUAUGAAAUGAUGCUAAGCUGGAAUUGAAUACUUGGAAGACUGGAGGUAAUCAUCGGAGCUAUUAAGAAAUACAAGGAAACAGAGAGGAAAUUGCUUCAUUAAUGGAAAAACUGAGCUGCCCCAAAUAUAACUUGUGUUUCUGUUGUCUGUCAGUAGGGGGCAUUAUGAGCUUAAGAUAACUCCUAAAACAGAUUUGUGCAGAAGACUGUUUUAUUUCCCAUAUAUCUAGAGGAUAUUAAAUAUAAGUGAUUCUGUUUAUGAAAUUACAGAUGCAAUAAAAAGCAAAAGUCCUGUCUUUCAAAUUCUAUUCCUAUACCCUUCUUAUGUGGCCUAUAGUUGCGCAGCCUAGUCCUUCCUCUGUCAGCAGAAUUGGCCUUUCCUCUUCCUCCACAGUUACAGCUUCUGGAAUUCCUGGGCAUUGUUCAUCUCCUUCUGAAACUCAAUAAAGAGCUUGUCUUGUGACUUCUACCGCAGAUUGGAAAGUGAUUUGACUCUGGUCUCUUGUUUUCCCUUGACAAAGUGCAGAAUGAUGAUGGCUGCACCAGUACUUCAUCCACUACCUCAGUUUCUGACUCCUCUGCAUCUGUUUGGGGGAAGGGAGAUAUUUAAAAAAAAAUUCAGAUAGACUUUAUUUGUUACUUAUUUAGCUGUGUCUGAGCAGCUGUGCCAUGAUGAGAUCAGUUGUGAGUGUCUGUUGUUUAACUUGUCCUGGGAUGGGUUUUUUUUGUUUUAAUUUCCAAAUUUGAGUUUUUUGGGUUUUUUUGCUGUGUUAUGUCCAAACACAUGCUGCAUGCUGAACCUUGGAACUGUGCCAUCACAAGUGGCCCCCAGCUCUGGCAGAUAGUUCUCUUUUGAAGUCCCUCCCCUUGUUCAAGGUUCUAUUAAUCUCGAAGACAGUUAGAUAACGUUCAGUGUGAACUAUUUAAAGUGAUUAGCCCACCUCAUAUCAUUGCCUAGAGAAAGAAAACUGAAUUUCCAUGGGACAAAUUAGGAAAAUACUGCUAGUUGUGGAACUUAAUGAGUGAGUGGCUGAGAAAUGUACAGAGGUGACACAAAGUUCACAGUGGUAAACUGGAGUAGGAGAAAUGGUGUGAAUCUUUAUGAAUUGCACAGAGCCUAGCAUGCUGUUGUUUCUAAUCAAAUAGUUUGCUUUAAAAAUUAGGUGCCUCCUAGUGAGGAUAGCAUCAGUGCACUGAUUAGUUUUGUUUGUGCCUGGUCAUUCUAGUGUAAAUGUGGAACAGCGUAGGAUAAAUUGCUUAGCAUUUUACUUAUCUUCAUUAAUGUUUAUGUUAAUUAUUUCAAGUUAAUUUGAGAGAAAUAAUCUUCUGCUCUGAUAAAUUGCAAUGGUGUCUAUUCCUGAAUUUCUGGUAGAGGUAGGAAUUUGAUUACAGAAUUAGCAAUUUGGGACUAGUAGGCUUAAUCUUUAGAAGCUUUAACUGAGUUUAAUGGCCAGGACAACCCUUUUUCCCCCUUUGCAGACUCACUAAUGUUCUUACCUGUUGUUGCUGAAUGCAGUGUCUGCCUCCAUAAAGGUCUAGUGUGCUCCUACGGCCUUUCCUGCACCUCAACCAUAUGCUGGAGCAUAUCAGUUUGAUCCUCCAGUAGCCUCAGCAUUGCAUCCUGCCUCCUCUCACCACACCGACGCCUCUUGCGUUCAUUUUGUGCUUUCCUGGACUCUGACAUUGUCUCCCUCCACACGUUGUGCUGGGCUCUUUCAGCAUAGGAGGCCUGCAUGAGCUUACAGAACAUUUCAUCGUGAGUGCAUUUUUUUCGGCUUCUUAGCUUUGAUAGCCUCUGGGACCGAGAUGAUACGGAGAGCGAUGAAACAUUUGCAGCUGCGGGAGGGAAAAAGGGAGAUUAGUCUUUAAAAAAAGAGACAUUUUAGAGAACAAUGG